AUGCACCGUCGCCGUAACGCCAAAGAGAACGACCACCCCGACGAUGGUCAAACCACCACUCUUGCGGACUUGCCGCCCAAAAGUGCAACCCCCCCAGGAGCUGUGAAGCCAGAGCCUUCUAGGAAACAGUCAUUUAUCACAAAGCCCAAGAGCAAACGGCGCAAUGGCCUCAUCUUCCUGCUGGGCGGGAUCUUCGGGAUCUUCUUCGCUGUGUUCUUCGCCCAGCAGCAAGAUGUGAUUAGCCUGGAAUCCUUAAUGGAUCUAAAUCUGGAAUCUUUGAUGGAUGCUAUUCCACAGAGCAUAAUGCGGGAUGCGAGAGAAUUUUCGCAACAUGAGCGCGAAGCCGUUAGUUAUGACGCAUUCUCUGUCGGCUUACAUCUUCAAUCGCAAGGAGUCGAGGCGAAGCAUCCCAUCGUUAUGAUUCCCGGUGUCAUAUCUACAGGUCUAGAAAGCUGGGGCACUGGUCCUUCGUCGCGGAUGUACUUCCGUCGCCGGCUUUGGGGCAGUUGGAGCAUGAUGCGCGCACUGGUGCUUGACAAAGCAGAAUGGAAGAACCAUAUUAUGCUGGAUAAGGACACUGGAUUGGAUCCGCCGGGAAUCAAGCUGCGUGCUGCCCAAGGGUUCGACGCUACGGACUUCUUCAUCACAGGUUACUGGAUUUGGAACAAGAUUCUGGAAAACCUCGCGACGAUUGGAUACGACCCGACCAAUGCAUUUACGGCAGCCUAUGAUUGGCGGUUAUCGUACUUGAACCUGGAAACCCGUGACCAGUACUUUAGCCGACUCAAGUCUUAUAUUGAGACGGCUGUUCUCGUGCGUGGUGAGAAGGUGACUCUAGCUUCCCAUAGUAUGGGGUCACAGGUGGUUCUUUUCUUCUUCAAGUGGGUUGAGAAUCCGGCAUAUGGCGGUGGCGGGCCUGACUGGGUCAAUCGACAUAUUGCCUCAUGGAUCAACAUCAGCGGAUGCAUGCUCGGUGCCGUCAAGGGUCUCACGGCCGUGCUUUCCGGCGAAAUGCGAGAUACAGCACAGCUGAAUGCGUUCGCUGUGUAUGGGCUCGAAAAGUUCCUGUCCAGGGAGGAGCGCGCGGAGAUAUUCAGGGCGAUGCCAGGAAUUUCUAGCAUGCUCCCCAAGGGUGGAGAGGAAGUCUGGGGGAAUUCAACCUGGGCACCAGACGACCAACCGGGCCAACAAACGACAUAUGGCAACCUGCUCAACUUCCGCGAGAGCAACUCAAGCCUGACGCAGAAGAACCUAACCGUGCCAGAAAGCCUGCAGUACCUCCUCAACCAAAGCGAGCCCUGGUACCGCGAUCUCAUCUUGAGCAGCUACUCACACGGCGUCGCCCAUACAACCGCCGAUGUCGAAGCCAACGAAAACGACCCGCGGACAUGGCUCAACCCGCUAGAAGCGCGCCUGCCCCGCGCACCAGACAUGAAGCUAUAUUGCUUCUACGGCGUGGGCAAGCCCACGGAGAGAAGCUACUUCUACCAGGAGGAACGCGACCCCCUCGUCAAACUCAACGUCAGCAUCGACACAACCGUAUCCAGCGAUAACGGCACCGACCGCGGUGUCAUCAUGGGUGAGGGAGACGGCACCGUUAACCUCCUCAGCACGGGGUACAUGUGCGCCAAGGGCUGGCACAUCAAGCGGUAUAACCCGUCCAGGAUCAAGAUCAAGGUCUUUGAGAUGCCGCAUGAGCCCGAUCGGUUCUCACCUAGAGGUGGUCCGAAUACAGGCGACCACGUCGAUAUUCUAGGGCGGUCCUCUCUGAAUGAACUGAUUCUUCGAGUAGCUGGGGGGCGAGGUGAUGAGAUUGAGGAUACGUUUGUCUCAAGAAUCAAGGAAUACGCUGAGCGGGUCAAGGUGUAUGAAGAUUGA